UGUCCAGAAGCUACAAUUCCUGACGGAAUAAAAUGUACAUUCGAAAAAUGUAUUUAAUGAACGUCGGACCUUUUCAUCACGUCAUUGAUUUAACGUGAACGGUAUACGCGAUAGUAAAACGUUCAAGGUGCAGCCGCUGCGGCCGUUUGCCGAUGCCUGGCGGAAGAGGGGCUUCACUAGAGGGGUCGAUAAAAUAAAAAAACGCUUUUCGGCGGUAAGUCACCACUGCUCGUCCCACGGAUUAACAGGCCACCGCCAUAGGAAUGUGGAGUUUCCACCACCGGCUUCGGGCCGCGAUUGGAUAAUGAGCGUCGCCUCUUGCUCGUUAAUCGUUGAGAAAACUCCAAGUUGACUCUUUGAGUAUCGUUCCUGCGGUCACGAGAAGUACGAUCAAACCACGCCCAUGCCCGUCAUGGCGUGGAGAGACCUUCAUCCGGCAGCGGAGAGACCAGGGACUGUAGCUUAUUAUUAUUUUCAUCAUUAUUAUGACAAAUGUAAUUGUUGCUAGAGUCUCCGCUGUGGAAGCAGCUUGCUCUGUGGUGGUCAGGGCACCGGGAGAGUGCGCCAAGAACUUCCCGUUGACAUCGGCUCCCUUCACCAGGAGAAGACGGCGGAGGAGGCGGCUGGCGUCUUGGCGCGCGUGACCAGGACGGGGACUACCGGCGCGGGCGGGUGAUGGGCAUGGGCGGCGGCAACGACGACGGCGCUGGCAGCGAGGGCGGCGCGCACUUCCGAACCGAGGUGGUGGCGCACAGGGGCGGGGCGGAGGCCCAGCCGGCGCUGGGAGCCCACCGGCCGCAAGCGGACACCGAGGUCACGUGGAACAGCACGGAGAUUUCCCAGAAGCUGCAGUUCCUGCGCGAGCGAGACGCAUGCCGCCUGCCCAUGUCGGAGGGCGAUUGCGACGAGCACGCGGUGCGGUGGUUCUACCACCUUGGCGAGGACGAGUGCCAGCCGUUCAUCUACGGCGGCUGCGGAGGCAACGAGAACCGCUUCGACAGUGAGGAGCGCUGCGUCCGGGCGUGCCGCUUCACCCCGCCAGGUGCUGCUCCUGCCUCGUAAACUUCUUCAUCCCUUCAUCAUCGUCGUCGCCGUCAUUGUAAGAACUAUGGUGCUUUCGUCUACUAUUAAGAGUGAUUGUAACGGCCUAUACUCUGGUGCUAAUUUCAACCGCGUUUGCAAGGGGAGACCUGCACUUUGUUGCUGAAGUCAGCGCACGUCCAACAACCGUGAGGCGUGCCAACAGGUUCAAGGCGUGGCUUCAAAAAGACCUACUCGUUUCAGGAGUUACGUGGAAGCGCGUGUGCUGGGCUCAGGUGUUGCACGGGCACAGACACAAUGUUUAUUUAAACGCCCAGCCAGUUUAGGAGAUGACCAGGUGGCUCACAGGUCGGUCAGAGGUCGGAGUUGACGGACAGCUCGGUCACCAGUGACUGCACACAAAGCUCUCUCAUGUCAAACUUGCUUCCGCGCCAUGAUUCGGUGAAAUGCCAGCUCUGAAAAAUUAACAAAUAAGAAAAUGGCUUGGCACCUCUGCAACAAACGCGACUCUUUAGCUGGGCAGAUGGUGUGUGUGUGUGCGUGUGUCAAGCGGUCACCUUCAGGGAUUUCAGAAGGAGUUCUUUGAUAUCCACUUCUGUGGAUCGUUUCUCUCACAUGGCAGGUUGCAUCUCCCUGUGAGAGUUCACAAUUGACUCCUCCUCCUCUACUGGCAGGGCACCGACAGCACGGCCACUCUAGAAUGGCAACGUAGACAAGAAAUUGUUUUAACAACUGAGCAGUUUCAGUCCCGAUCUGACCAAUACCAACCCUGCGGACCUUCGUCAGCCGUAGAGUCGACCCGUGCCCAGCUGCUCUUAAGGCCAGUGAUGUCAUCGCUUGUUGUGUCUCUAUCGCCGAGCAGUGACCACGCCUCGUGACGAUUCCCCACGCCCGUGAGAAUCGGUCUGAGCUCCAGAUCGGCAGCCCUUACGGCCCGCGUGGCACUCGUCAUUCAGGAAUAGCGGAGCGUUGCGAAGGCGCCUUUAAGAUUUGGAUCGCUCGCCGAGCCUCUAUGCUGUUGCGCACACGUUGAGCUUUUGCCACGGUGUUUUUUAUUCUUAUUUUGAUUUGCUGUGCUGUGGUUUACAUUUUGCAGGAAGCCUUAUUUGCAAUAAAUGCACUAAGUUAUUCUUUUUUUCCUCCCGGUUCCAAGCGCCAAGAUGCGCAGAGUGGAUUUUAUUAUUCUGGUAUGAAGGGAGACUCAAAGAGCACACGUUUGGCAAAACGCAUCAAUAACGUUCACAGUUUUUAUGGAAAGUAUAUUGCAACGCUCCAAGUUCACUGCGAACAGCACGGUACGGUUUAUGAAGUAUUUUUAACACGUAACUUUUAUACGGCAACUUGCAUCUAUAUUCUUAAGACGGGAAGUUCUCCCAUGAUUGCCAAUGAUUCCCCAAUGAGGUUUCAAAAUAUAUAAAAAUUCUCAACCCAGUUAAGGCUCUGCAAACAGAGAUUACUUUCGCGAGUCUGGGUCAACAGCUUGGGAUUAAACUUCAUUGCUGCCUCAGUGGGGUGGAGUGGCGGUGCAGCGGUAGGCGCACUGCACCAGGAACCCUGUCCGGAGCUAAUAUCAGCUGUGUGCAACAUUCGAACCAGUCCUGAUCACCCCCCCCACCCCAUCUCCUUCACCAAUGUGGCAUAGUAUGAACCAGCGUGUUGAAGCACAGUCAUACGCUCCAGCGUGAUCGGAAUGGUGUGUUGUUAAGCGGAUUGCCAAAGGGCUGCUAGUGGCAAAUAAAAUCGCUGAUGCAGUCACGGUGACCGCGACGCAUCCAUCCUUCCCGCAUCGCCAAAGCGACGCGGCCGCCGUUGGGAUAGGAGCCUGGUGGUACACGGGGCGCGUGCGGCUUGGGGUCAUUGCCGGGUCACGUUGGGGGCGUUUCAAGAAUUCGCCUGGUUCCUGUUCGGCGCGAAACACCCGAGCAGAGGCGCCACCGCAGAAAUUUGGACCGUCGGCCCACGAGGAUGCGGGCAAAAGAGUUUGCGGCCACGAGUCGCCGCUCGCCUUGCGCCCAGCCCCGAGUCAUACGGCAAGAGGCCAAAUUUGGGGGGCGGGGGGGGGAGUUGUGAAAUUGUCCACGGAACAGUUUCACACGUAUCAUCCAUAAUAACGUUUUUUUUUGGGGUAGAUCGCGUACACAUAUAUGAAUGUGUCGUUAAAACCCGCCACCGCCCGACACAGCAAACUAGUGAGUAAUUAAAAUAAGAGUUACUAUUUGGCUGUGUCGGGUGGUGGCGGGUUUUAACGACACAUUUAUAUAUUUAUGCAAUCUAAUCCAACAAACCUCUAUUAUGGAUGUACACGAAUCUUUUUCAUUUCGUAUUUUUUCGUGUGUUUUUAUACGUAAAUGUACAUAUAUAUUUUAAUUUCAUGAAAAACCCGUUUGAACGUGUUCACCGCGUACCGAAUAAACGACGCAUUUACCUGAAAACUCUCU